AUGAAUGUCGCCAACAAUGAAGACAACACAGCAUUGACUAUUGCCCUUGACCAAAUGGCUAGGGAGAUUGUACUACAAAUACUACAAGCAGGCGCCGAACUCAACGUGGUGCAGCAUAGCAGGUUAGUCUCGCUCACCAUUAGCAGUAAAGAUACGCCGCUCUUGGACCUUGUCAUAUCCAAGAAGGUCAGCUUGGAUGGUGCUGUCUACUACGCCCUGGACAGCAGACUAGGCCUGGAUUAUCAAUAUCUGCUCAAUCUUUUGUUGAAGCUCAUCAAAGCUGAAGCAAACCUAGUCCAAUUGGAAGAACUUCAAGACGCUACAUUGCCCAGAUUCUCACCUACAGAGGAUCGUCAUGCCAUCAUAGUGGCGUCUAGAAGAGGCAUAACCAACCCGGUAGAUAUGCUGCUCUCUUCCAGCGCGUCAACCACCGAUCGCAACAAGUACAGAGAAUCUGCCCUCCUCGUGGCUGUCAGAUAUGCACAGCUGCUCCACGAAAAUGCGCCGACAGCGGUCAACAUCGCGGAUGACAAUGGUGCUACGGUUUUGAGCAAUCAUUAG